AUGAAAUUGUUUGAAAAUGUUUCAGAAUGUGAGCAGAAAGUAGGAAUUUUAAUCUCUAAACAAGCCAUUUUCCCAUCUUUAAUGUUGCCAAAUUUUCAACAUCGCGACAGUUGCACAAGCACAAGAGGGGAAAAUUUUUCACUCCGUUCCAUUGAUCAUGUUAAGCUGAAAAGUAAAAGCUCAAAUGACUAA